UCCCUCUCUGUCUGCCCUGUCACGGCAGGAGGCUCGGACACCUUUCGAAAGCCUCGGCUCGCUGUCAUGGAGGUUGAACCAGAGUCUGCCCCCGGGUUGCCCCAGGCCAAGCGCCCCAGGCUCGGCGAAGACGCCUUCUGCAGGCAGGUCCCCGAGGAGCCCGAGAGCUCGCAGCCCCCCUGCUUCCAGGGGCCCGCCCCCUCCUCACAGCCUGCCCUGCCCCCCCUCGAGGAGGGAGCGGCGCGUGGUGACGAGCACAGCUGCUCCUCACAGACCCCCCGGGGAGCCCCGGAGCAGGCAGGCGGGGGCGAGGGGGGCGGCCCCCAGGACCCUGACGCCAUAAAGCUCGCCCCCGCCUUGCUCUCAGUGCAGUCAGAGCCAGGCUUGCCCGGGGUUGCCGCGGCCACGACCGCGCGUGGGGAGGGUCCCGCGGAGGAGCCCCAAGGCUUUGGGCCGUACUGCAGGGGUCCUCCAGGCCCUCUGCGGGGAGCCCUGCUGGCAGCCGAGGGUGGCCCGAGGGUCUCCGCUGCCGAAGGCGCUCGGGGGAGGCCCCGAGCCCGCAGACCCCGGGGCAGCCACCUUCUGGCGCCCGCGAGCCGGGCCCUCUUGGGUGGGGACAGCGGCGCCCCGCCGCGGGGUGCCGCGCAGCCGAGUUCCGCUCCCGCAACCAGCUGUUCCGGGGUCAGCGCAGACGCAGGGAAGGGACUCGUGCUGGGACCGGAGACCCAAGUCCCCGCCAGCCUCCGCACCCUCGGUGCCCUGGAGAAGCCCUGGAGCCGAGGAGCGCGGAUGGCAGCCCCGAGAGGCCCCUGGGACCUUUGGGGCAGCCCCAGAAAUGGCCCGGGCCCGCUGCCCGUGCAGAAGAGCGUGGCCCGGGGCUGCGUGGGAAGGGCCCGAGUGGGCGCCAGCGUGCUCCUGCCCUUCCCAGGCAGAUUGGGAGGGAGAGCGCCCGUGCUCGCCGUGCUGGGCCUCAAGCCGUGGCCCGCGGGGAGCGCUCCCGUUUUCCUUUGCCUGACCGAGAUGCCGGGCUGGGGGUUCAGGGAAUUAAGCAAGGCCGCCCAUUCCGGCCCUCCAAAGGAAGCGAGCGGAGCCAGAGCCGUAGAGCCCAAGAAAAGAGCCCCUCCCAAGGAACAGGGCCCUCCCUUGCUUCUCACCGGCGUUAGAGCCUCCAAUUGUGCCUUCAGUCCAAACCAAGGACGGGCCAAAGUUAGCGAGCGCACCCAGCCGAAAGGCGGCCACUUUGCCUCCGAAGCCCCCGGAGCUCGCCACCCGGUGCCCCGAGAGGUCGCAAAGCACGCCACGCCCUUGCGUGUGGUCCCCAGAGGCACUCCUUGGCCGGCUCGGGGUCCCCCUGAAAAAGUUCCUCCGCCAAGUAAUCAUUUUGGAGAUGCCGGCAGUGGCUCUUUGGCCCGGGGAGAUUGCGGUCAUGCCGAAAGUGCUGAAAAAGCGAUUGGCGCGCAGACUCUGGAGGAGCUUCAAAUCUGCCCCGUCCCUCAUGUUACUCCAGAGAAGCCGGUGGGCACAGCGCGCCGCCCCCCCCACGUAGACUCCGGUGCCCGAGACCGAGCAAUGGCAAAGAACGAAAUCCUCCGCGGUUUUGACUUUAAAGGCAAAUUUAAUUGUUUCGUGGAUUUUGAGCCACAGACGAAGUGGGAAACCUAUGACCCCGUGGCCCCCGCAGGACCAAAUAACGGGACGAAAAGCCAGGGAGAAUUCGUUCGGGAUUUCUUCAGUGAAAGGAGGGAGAAAAUCCAGGACUUAUUUUGGACCGAGAAGCAGCCCGGAAGAGGAAGCUUCACAGUAAUACAGAGUUACCAGUUUUUUGACAACAAGGCAGAGAGAGAACAGAAGUCAAACCUAUUGAUAAUGAAAGGGAAGUCAAAGGUAGAAGAUGCCCGAGGAAUAGACCCAAUACAUUUUAAUCAAAAUAGCACAACGGAUAGCGACGAGCGCCUGACUCUUUUGCAAGAAAUUGUUCUAGCGAAUUCAAGGCUUUUUCAGUCAAAGAAUGAACCCGCAGAACUUGUGGACCAGAGAUUUAACACUGAUUCGACCACAGGAGAUAAUGAGCAUUCAGCAGACGCCCCGGCUCAGUGUUUGUCAACAGAGACCGAGACAAUAAGUGACUUCGAAAUGAAGAAUAAAUUUGAUAUUGUGCUGAGAGAACUUUGCGUGUUUCAUGAAAUUGGGAAGGAAGCGGAAACUUCAGCAAAUUCGGGACUUGGUCAUUCAAAGGAAGAUUCCACAAAAGUUAACCGUACAUUGAGACCGGAUUUAGCCACAAGAACUAAUGAGUGCUCUCCAGACACAGCAGCUGAGUGUUUAUCAACAGAAACCAAGACAAUAAGUGAGUUUGAAAUGAAGAAUGAUUUUGAUAUUGUACUGAGAGAACUUUGCGUGUUUCACGAGAUUGGUAAGGAAAAAGAAACCUCCAGUAUUGGAGAAAGCGUCAAAGAAGAGAAAGAUGACUUUGACAAAGAUAAUUCUAUGGAGGAGGAUGUACACCAGGGGAUAAAUGAAGAGUCAAAAAUGGUCUCAUCAGGAAAAAUAGGUGCAUCUUCCUUACCCUGUGAUACAAUCCCAAGCAUUAAUAAGCCCAAGAAAGCCCAAAGCUCGUUUAAGUGGAAAAAAAUCCAUGAGGAUGGAGAGCAGGAAGUACCUCAUGAUUAUUGUUCUUCAAGUCCAUCAGAUGAUGAAUUAUUCUAUUCGCCUUCUGGAGAAGAUUUUAAGAAAGCUUUGUCUAAGAAUCCUGCUUUAUUGUCUGAUGCAUUUAUGGAAGGAAGAAUUCACAGUUUCCUGAAAGGAGGUAGCAGUUUGUCUCAUGGAAUUGUGAGAGUUCAUCCUCUUAAGACUUGCCGUGGCCCAAUCAGGAUUGGUUUGUCAAGAAAGGCAAAACUCAAACAACUUCAUCCCUAUCUGAAAUGAAUGUGUCUCAAGACCAUAAAAGAAAAGAUCCCAGGGCUAAAUCUCAGAAGACUUAGAAAUAUAAUUUAUUCACUUUUCAUGUAUUUUUUACACGUACUUUUUACUGUUUUAGGGUUUUGAUAUUUAUUCUAAGUUAUAAAGUGUUUUUAUUAAGGUUGAUCUUACCGUUAAAACUUCCAAAUUUUAUAAAAUACUAAGUUCUACGUGGAUUUUCUUUCUUUAAUAAGAAUAGAACCAUUAAACUUUUUUCUUAAUGUUGCUGAAAAUGUUUGCUUAGCAUAUUUUUCUCUGUGAUAAUUCACUUGGCUAGAGAUAAUUCAUUUAAAAACAUUACUGCAAUGGUGUGCCUGAUUUUCUGUGGUCCACUGAGGAAUAGGUUCUCCCCAGACUCUGUGGAACAAUAAUAGCCCUUUGAUCCUCUUUCAUAGCACUUGUCAUAUUGAAUUUUGUAUCCGUCCAUGUCAUAUCUCCUCAUUUAGACUGUAAAGCUAUUUGAAGGCAGGAAUCCAAAGUGUCUCAUAGUGGGGCAGUUAAAAGGCACAAUGGAUAAAACCUUGGACAUGGAAUCAGGAAGAUGAGUUCAAAUAUGGCCUCAGACAUUUGCUAGCCAUGUGACCCUGGCCAAAUCAGUAACUGUCUGCCUCAGUUUCCCCAACUAUAACAUCGAAUAUGGGAUUAAUAAAAGCACCUCCCUUG